AUGACAAAACCCACUUUCAAACAUUCAAUUUCCAUUAUCACAUAUAUUCUUUCGGUUAUUUCAUGUGUUACUGCGUCAUCCUUACGAGGGCGUAACUCUUUAGGUGCUCACCCUUUCGUCGUAUUUGAAAAUGCCAAUGAAAAUAUUGCGAACUCCGAAGCUGCUAAUGUUAACAUAUUAGACAUCUCCGCCUUUAACGCUGCAGAAGCCGCUACCGCAGUUGACAAAGAACAACAAACCACCUUCUUGCACGGCAAACGUAAUUUCUUAAAUUAUCGUGGCAGCAUACCUUUUCUCGUACUUGAAAACUCUUUGAAGAAUAUUGCAUCCUCUGAAGCCGCUUAUAUUAACCAAUUCGAUUUGGAAGCUCUGAACUCCGCAGAAAACGCUGCCAGUGUUAAUAAUGAAAAACACACCACUUUCUUAUUAGGCAAACGUAAUCCUUUUAUCGUACUUGAAAAUGCUGAUAAGAAGGUUGCAUCCGCCGAAGCUGCUCAUGUUAAUCAACUUGAUGUCCAUGCUCUAAAUGCCGCAGAAGCUGCCAAUAGUAAAAAUAAGGAACAGCAUGACACCUUCUUAUUAGGAAAACGUAUGAUCUUAUAUCAAGAUCCUGAUGGGGAUAGUGCGUCCGCCGAAGCUGCUAGUGUUAAUCAAUUGGAUGUCCAUGCUCUAAAUGCCGCAGAAACUGCCAAUAAUAAAGAUAAUGAACAGCAUACCACCUUCUUAUUGGGAAAACGUAAUUUCUUAAAUUAUGGCCGCGGCAUACCUUUUGUCGUAUUCGAAAACGCUAAUGAGAAUACUUAA